AUAUCAUCGGAUAUUCUCAAUGAUGAUCGUCUAAAUGCUGCCAUUCAAACGUAUUUGCCGACCAACUACAAUUUCGAGAUUCAUAAGACUAUCCAUCAUGUCAGACAUUACGGCAGUACAUGUGUUGCUUUACAAAUGCCCGAAGGACUCACACUUUGGGCAACAGCCAUCUCUGAUAUAAUUGAAAGAUUCACAAGAGCACAAACUGUAAUCAUGGGUGAUGUCACGUAUGGUGCUUGUUGCGUGGACGAUUAUACAGCAAGGGCUUUAGGUGCUGAUUUGUUGAUUCAUUAUGGACACAGUUGUUUGGUGCCUGUUGAUCAAACCUCCAUUCGAACUCUCUAUGUAUUUGUGGAGAUCGCUAUCGAUCCCGAUCACAUUUGCGCUACAAUUCGAACCAAUUUUCCAGCUCUGCACGCCGAAUUCCAGGAAUCCAUCAUUCAAGAUCUAGAUCGUCGCACAAAUGCCGUUGGAAAAUCAAAAUUGCAAAUCGAUAUUGAAGAAGAUGGUCAUCAAGCUUACCAGAAGCGACCUACGCACCUUGUAUUGGUUGCCACGGUGCAAUUCAUCAAUUCGUUGCAUGCAUUGAAGGAUAGAUUGGAGAAAAGUGAAACCCAAGAACAGUUCUUUGACGUUGGGAAAUCUAAUGAUGCACUUGAUAUCGGGCAAAGGCUUCUUUCAAAUGAAGGAUCAAGAGGGGAAAAGAAGCUGCUUUCUCAAUCUUCUUGGCAUUCAUCGCCAUAUCGGAUCACCAUUCCACAAGUCAAACCUUUGAGCGCGGGAGAGAUCCUGGGCUGUACUUCUCCCAAACUUGACUUGAACGAGAUGAAUGGAGUCGACGGUAUUAUCUAUGUGGGCGACGGACGUUUUCAUCUUGAAAGCAUCAUGAUUUCCAAUCCGAGUAUUCCGGCAUUUCGGUAUGAUCCAUACGAGAAGAGAUUUGUACGAGAAAUGUAUGAUCAUACUCUGAUGCGCAGCAAUCGAAAUAAAGCUGUAGAAGAGGCCAAACAAACGCUGGCAUCUGUUCUUGCACCGAAGGAGCAGAAUGAAGAUACCACUUCGCAAUUGAAAGGCUGGGGCUUAAUCUUGGGCACUUUGGGUAGACAAGGAUCAACCCGUGUUUUGGCCCAUCUACGCUCGAUGAUGGCAUCCAACGUGAUGCCCUCAAUACCGAUCUUGCUCUCUGAAUUGUCACCGCAGAAGAUUGCCCUCUUUGGUCCAGAUCUUGUUACCUAUGUUCAGACUAGUUGUCCCCGUCUUUCGAUUGAUUGGGGAGAUGCUUUUCCAAAGCCAUUACUGAGCCCUUACGAGGCUGCUGUAGCCUUGGGAAAGGCAAAAGGAUGGCAUGUACCGUCGAAGGAUAUAAGCCAGAAAACGUCUCGUAUGAAGCAAGGCACGCAGGUUCAAAAUACCAUGGAAGGCGAUUAUCCCAUGGACUUUUAUGCUGACGGAAGCCUCGGACCUUGGACUCCUCGUCAUGGAAUGGGCGUGAAGAAGGGGAACAGCAAAGGUAUCAGUAAUCGAGAUUUACUGAAG